CUUCACAUUUCAACAAAGAUGCCGUGUGGGUCCCAAGCGGCCUGCGAGGGCUGUGCCUGCAGCACCAACAAUGGCGCCCCCGCCCCCGUCAACAUUGAGGACUGCGAGUCCGAGCUGCUGGCACUCCGGAAGCGAACCAUGGAGCUGGAGAAGACGUUGGCGACGAUGACCAAGGGCGGUGGUGCGUCCGGCCCCAAGCGGGGUCGGAGACUACGCUCGGCGGACUGGUUCCGGUGCGAAGAGGACCCGGGCAUGAUGGCGUUGUACAUCGAGCGCUAUCUCAACUACGGGAUGACCCGAGAGGAGCUGAUGUCCGGCAAGCCCAUCAUCGGCAUUGCGCAGACGGGGUCAGACUUGGCUCCGUGCAAUCGGCAUCAUUUGGAGCUUGCGAAACGGGUUCGGGAGGGCAUCAGAUCUGCGGGCGGUAUUGCGUUUGAAUUUCCGACUCACCCCAUUCAGGAGACGAGUCGGCGGCCCACGGCGUGCAUUGAUCGCAAUUUGUCUUAUCUGAGUCUGGUGGAGGUUCUGCAUGGGUACUUUUUGGAUGGAGUCGUGAUGCUCACAGGUUGUGAUAAGACGACCCCGGCUUGCUUGAUGGCGGCUGCCACUGUGAAUAUCCCAGCCAUCUGUAUGAACGUUGGCCCCAUGCUCAACGGUUAUGUCAAGAACGAGUUGGCCGGGUCGGGCAUGGUUGUCUGGAAAGGCAGAGAAAAGUAUGCUGCCGGUGAGAUCAACACUGAAGAGUUUGUGGACUAUAUCUCUCGAGGGACCCCGUCCGCAGGACACUGCAACACUAUGGGCACAGCGUCGACAAUGAAUGCGCUGGCCGAAGCCUUGGGUAUGGCGCUACCUGGAUCCGCUGCCAUCCCUGCUCCAUAUCGCGAGCGAAGCCAAUGCGCAUAUGAGACGGGUGUCCGGAUCGUGGAAAUGGUUCAUUCCGAUCUCAAACCCAGUGAUAUCAUGACGCGCGAAGCUUUCGAAAAUGUGAUAGUGGCGAAUACAGCGAUUGGUGGUAGUACUAAUGCCCCGAUUCACAUCAACGCUAUUGCCAAACACAUAGGAGUUGACCUUUCCCUCGACGAUUGGGAUCGUCUGGGGUUCCACAUUCCACUUCUGCUGAAUAUGCAACCUGCGGGGGAGCUGCUUGGCGAAGAAUAUUAUCGCGCAGGCGGACUUCCUGCAAUCAUGGUAGAACUUCUGGACGCAGGCAAGUUGAAUGCGGAGGCCAUCACAUGCAAUGGUCACACAGUAGCAGAAAAUGUGCGGGGAAAACACACCUGGGACCGUCGGACGAUCCGGGCUUAUGACGAACCUAUCCUUCAGGAUGCCGGCUUUCUGCACUUACGGGGUACGCUCUUUGAUUCUGCAAUCAUGAAGACCUGCGUGAUAUCCGAGCAGUUCAGGAAGAGCUUUCUGGAGAACCCCAGCGAUCCCAAUGCGUUUGAGGGAGCCGUGGUGGUCUUCGACGGGCCUGAGGAUUAUCACCACCGACUGGAGGAUCCUACAACUCAGAUCACCGACAAGAGUAUCCUAGUGAUGCGCGGGGCUGGACCACUCGGCUACCCAGGUGCAGCUGAAGUGGUCAACAUGCAUCCUCCGGGGAAGCUCCUGCGACAAGGAGUCAAAUCGCUCCCUUGCAUUGGCGAUGGCCGACAAUCGGGUACCUCCGGAUCGCCGUCGAUUCUAAACGCGAGCCCCGAGGCAGCUGCAGGGGGGAAUCUGGCCAUCCUGAAGGAUGGCGAUCGCCUGCGUGUUGACCUCAACAAACGUCGGGUUGAUAUUUUGCUUUCUGCGGAGGAGCUGCGAAGACGCCGGGACGAGCUCGAGGCUAAAGGAGGAUAUGGAAUGCCCGAAAGCCAGACUCCAUGGCAGGAGUUAUUCCGUAAAGAAACGGGGCAGUUGAACGAAGGGAUGGUUCUGCGCGAGGCAGUCAAGUUUCAACGGCUGGCUCAACGAUAUGGGGCACCGAGACAUAACCAUUGA